AUGUCGUCAAAGAUCAACAAAGCAUUAUACGUCACGGAAGACGUGCAGUUUGUCACCCGCGAUGACCUCCAACACGAAGCAGCUGCAACAAAUGAGCUGCUGGUGGAGACAAGCUACUCUGGAGCGAACCCAGCGGACAUUAAGCACGCCACACUGCUAGGCAUCCGCCCGACCGUGCUCGGCUAUGACUUUGCAGGUAGAGUGGUCAGGGCACCGCCGGCUUCUGGCUUCAAGGAAGGAGAUGCCGUCGCAGGAUACACGCCGUCAGGGCUAGGCCGCCCGUUAAAGUACGGCACCCACCAAGGCUUCCUUGCUGUCCCGUGUGACAUGGUGUUUAAAAUCCCGCCGAACCUGACAGAGGCUCACGCAGCGGCACUUCCCAUAGUUGUUAUGGCUGCCGCCGACGUUGUCCACAACUUGUUCAAGCUUCCCUUGCCUACGAACCCUUCUUAUUCCUCUGAUCCCAUUCUGAUCUGGGGCGCCUCCUCAGCCGUCGGGCUUUCUAUUCUACAGCUGGCACGGGCCAGUGGCUGUAAGAAUAUCUUUGUGACAGCUUCCCCGGCCCGUCAUGAUAUUCUAAGGGGCCUUGGAGCAACACAUACGUUUGACUACUCGUCUACAAAUGUUGUGGAAGAGAUUAAAUCGGCUGUCAGUGCGCUUGGGAAAGGACCAAUUACUCAUGCUGUUGACGCAGUAGGAACGGAGGGAAAGCCGUCCUCGGCAGACCUAGUGGCUCAGAGUGUCGGCGAGCAAACAGUCCUUUGUUCCGUUGUGCUCCGCCCAGGGACCGCAUUUCAGCUGCCUUUGUCCAUGAUAAAGGACGGGUGGAACAUCCAUCCAACUGGUGCUCCAGCGCCUAUUACUGUUCCCCCUAGGGCGGCGGAUCAUUGGAAUUCUUGGAGUGUUCUGCAAUGGGUCAUCACCAACUACGGUAAGGAGUUCGAGUUUCCGUCUAUCCAUGUCCUCGACGUGACCGCGGAAGAAGCGCUAGGGGAGUUGAUGAAGAUUCAAGAUGGGAAAAGAGGGUUUGGAAAGGUCGUAUUCAAACAUCCCCUCAAGUAG